AACUGUUAUGUUUUCGAUUUUAAAAAAUAUUUAAGUAUGGUUAUAGAAUGUUAUAUACGCGUAGAGUUUCCUAUUAAAUGUUUAAGGGAUACCGAUCAAUAUGGAUAUUUGUAAAUUGCUGUGACAUCAAAAAUCUAAGAUGAAAAUAUCUUCUUCAUCAUUGCCACUGUGCACAAAAUUUUAUCUUCUACGAAAUCUUACAUGUCUAUAGACACGAAUAGAUAAUAUUAAAAUAACUUGAUAAGUUUCCUUAGUGUCGCAUGGAUGUGCACAAAAAUAUUAAUGUAGAAGUAAUAGGUUAAAGUAGUUCUGAGAUAUUUAUUAUGGAAUUGCAAACAGACAUUUCUAUUUUGCGGCCGCCAGUUAAUUUUAGAAAUACAGGCAAUGUAUUUUAUACACCUCUCACUUCGUUCGCUGAAAUGUGGUAUCAAAUAUUUUUAUGGGCCCUAUUUUCUUCCAUUUUUGUUCAUACCAUAGCUGGUGCAAUCUGUUUUGCUACAUUACGGCAACAUAAAUAUGGAAAAUUCUUCCCAUUGCUCAUUAUAAUAAUGGGUGUAUUAUUACCACUAACAUCGGGAGUUCUUAGCUCCGCUGCAGUUGCUUUUGUAUAUAGAGCAUCACGUUAUCCACUGCCACCAUUAUAUGCGUUAUUCUGGGGUAUCGGGCAGACUGUUGUGGCAGGAUGUGUUGGAUUUACAAGAAUUUUAGCUACUUUAUAGUGCAAAACAACUCACAAAUUAUAUACAAGACAUAUGAUUAGUAAGAAAUGUUGUAUGUAUGAUGAGCAUUUUAAAAAAAGCAAGUGAAUACUAUUUUGUAUUAAUCGAUGUUACUGAUAAAUAAUUGCGUGUAUGGAAACUUGUACAUAUGUAGAUAUACCAGGUGAAUCAUGUAACUU